UUUUUGCUUCAAGCUCCCGUCAUCUGAAACUACUGAACGAGGAGAGGAGGACAUGCUGAGAGCGUCGCUUCUUUGCUCGUCGAGCUCUUUCUCCAACCCUCCGAUUUCCCUCGUUAAUCCCCAGAUUUUCCCGCCCUUUUCCAGUUUUGAACUCUGUCGCUCCGUCGCGGUUCCGUCUCGUGCUCGGUUUCGCUUCAGUCUCGCCCAAAAUGGCUGGAACUCGGGUGCCCUUGUUCGUAGCUCUGCUAUUCCUGAAGUUGUUGAAACCAGCAACAGUGAGUCGGAGUUGGUUGAGGUUGGAUUCUUGUCUGGUGUUCAUGGGCUCCAAGGGGAGAUUUGCGUAAAACCCAGCACUGAUUUUCCCGAGUUACGGUUUUCUAAGCCUGGUAAAAGAUGGUUAAGACAACAAGUCUCAGGACAAGAUAAGAUUGAAGAAGUUGAAUUAGUUGAGGGCAGACCUCAUCCCGGACAGAAGAGCUGGAUACUGAAGUUUCGAGGGUUUGACUCCGUUGACCAGGUGAAUCAACUCGUUGGUUCAACUCUGCUUGCCAAAGAAGACGACCGUCCUGAGCUGAAUGAAGGAGAGUUCUACACACGUGAUCUCGUUGGCAUGCGGGUUCUUCUUAAGGAGACGGGUCAAGUUGUAGGAAAUGUUUCUACUGUUUACGACAAUGGGGGAUAUGAUCUUUUGCAUGUCAUGCUUGAUUCAUCCAUGGAUGUAAAAAAUGGAAGUGCAGACACAAAAUCUUCAGAAGGUAGUGGAACCGGUCGUCUUGUGUGGAUACCCUUUGUAGAAGCAAUCGUACCUGAUGUUGAUUUACAAAGACGAGAGAUGCACAUCACUCCUCCAAAGGGACUCCUAGAGUUGAAUAUGCGUACUGAUGAUCGGUCCAAGAAAGAAAGGCGCCAGCUUGAAUGGAAGGAAAGAAAAAAGCAACAAAAGAGAUUGAUAGCUGCUAAAAAGAAGUUAUGUGAACUAGAGCAACAGCAUGUAUUUGACGGGCUUAGGUUUGGAGGGAAAUCUCAAAGGAAUAUGCUUGCUGAUCAUAUCAUUUCUGUAAACUCCAAACUGCUUCAGCAAGCUUUGCAAAGUAUCGGGAUGUCAUCAAAGAGAUGGAACACAACUGAGCAAAUCAAUGAACUGAGAGCUAGGCUGCCGGAAGGUACACUGAAUAUAUCACAAGACUGCCUUAAUCCCAACGCGGAGGAAGAUAAAGUGGGUGAGAACUUCUGUUUUCUACAACAAGGCUGGAAUCUUAUCUCUCAAGGAAAAGUCUCUUUGUGUUUGGUUUUCAACAAUGGUGAGAAUCAACAAAGGGACGGUGAAAAUGAUGUUACUGAUCCUGUCUCGUACCUUUAUGAGCUACUUCGUGAUGAACAGCAGUUCCUACAGGAAGAAGAACGUGCACGUGUGCCACUCAUCCUGGUUUGCCCAGAACAAUCCAUCCAAGCUUUGCAGAAGCUAUUCCAGGAUAAUGAUCAUUUCGGGUUUGAAUCAGAGAAGAUAUGGUUUCUCGGAGAGGAAACCCUUCCAGUUGUCUGUAGCUCACCAGAGGAACCGAAAAAGCACAAGAUUCUGAUGAAAUCUCCCUGGGAAAUACUUCAGUCCCCUGUCGGAUCUGGUGGAGUCACAAGUAUACUUGCUUCACACGGCAUCACAGACACACUUUCCAAUCUGGGUAUCGAUUAUCUCCAGGUAUGCAGUGUUAAUGGCAAUGCAGGAGAAGCUUUCCAUUGCAUAAAUCCCAUGCUUACUGGGUUUGUCAGAGCUAAAGAAGCCGAGCUCGGGAUUCAAGUCACGGGAGAUUCUGAAAUCAUAGAAGAAACCUUCAAGAUGACAUUCUCGGUGAAGUUUCUGAAGAGACUCAAGGGCAAGAUUGGGUUCGAAGCCGUUCUUAAGAUGAACUCGCAUGUGCAGAAGAUGGGUAACGACGAGUGGAUUGAGUCCGUGCCCUCAGAGCCAAACUCGUUGGAGUUUCGUUCUUCUGUAUACAGAGUGCUGGAGGAACGUUCUUCCUCUGGGAAGAUUUGUCUGAUGGACAUCAGAGAGUAAACAUGCCACUGCCAUUAUGCAUUGAUUCUCUUCUUAA